GCAUUAGGUCCUGGUCGCUAUGCGGGUGCUUGUGGGUGGCGGGUCGGGCUUCGUUGGGACAGCCUUAACCAAGCUGCUGAAAGCCAGGGGCCACGAAGUGAUGCUGGUCUCCCGACAGCCUGGGCCCGGUCGAAUCACGUGGGAUGAGCUCACUAGAUCCGGGCUCCCCACCUGCGAUGCCGCUGUCAACCUGGCCGGAGAGAACAUCCUCAACCCUCUCCGAAGGUGGAAUGAAGCCUUCCAAAAAGAGGUUCUCAGCAGCCGCCUGGAGACCACUCAAAUGCUGGCUGAAGCCAUCACCAAGACUCCACAACCCCCCCAGGCCUGGGUCUUAGUCACAGGUGUAGCUUACUACCAGCCCAGCCUGACUGCGGAGUACGAUGAGGACAGCCCAGGAGGGGAUUUUGACUUUUUCUCCAAUCUCGUAACCAAAUGGGAAGCUGCAGCCAGGCUGCCUGGAGAUUCUACACGCCAGGUGGUGGUGCGCUCGGGGGUUGUGCUGGGCCGUGGGGGUGGCGCCAUUGGCCACAUGCUGCUGCCCUUCCGCCUGGGCCUGGGGGGCCCCGUCGGCUCAGGCCACCAGUUCUUCCCCUGGAUUCACAUCAGGGACCUGGCAGGAAUCCUGACCCAUGCCCUUGAAGCAAACCACGUGCAGGGUGUCCUGAAUGGAGUGGCUCCAGCGUCCACCACUACCAAUGCUGAAUUUGCCCAGGCCUUGGGUGCUGCCCUUGGCCGCCCAGCCUUCAUCCCUCUCCCCAGCAGAGUGGUGCAAGCUGUCUUUGGGCAAGAGCGUGCCAUCAUGCUGCUGGAGGGCCAGAAGGUGGUCCCACGGCGGACACUGGCCAGUGGCUACCAGUAUUCCUUCCCAGAGUUAGGGGCUGCCUUGAAGGAAGUCAUAGCCUAAGUAGGGAGGCUCAUGGCAGGGGCCUGAGGUCUGUCCCUGAACGGAGGUUUCCUGGUUAGAUGCUGUGAAACAGCCUCAGGUACUCCUCUACUUGAUAUCUGAAACCACCUGGGAUUCCUCUUCCAUUCCUCUCUUCUUUCCCAUUGUUCUGUUGCUCUACCUUAUUUAACUGAGAGAGUGCCCACAGUCUCAAGGUUGUAAUGUCAUCAAAUUGGGACCUCAACCUCUUCAACUCCACAAUUCCCAAGUUUGGUUUCUCUACACAUCCCGUUGCUGCCCCACUUCUUUAUGCUGUGUAGAGAAUGCACUACAGAUUAGGCAAUAAAGAUAAAUUAU